UUUCAUUUAAUUCAUGAAAAAAAUAUAUUAAUCUUCUAAAUAACUUCUCAAUUUAAGAAGUUUUUUGCGUUCAAAUAUUUUCCUUUUGUUGCUGAUUCUAUAAUCAACAAGCCAUGAUUCCUGAACCAGCUUAGAUAUCAAACUCUGAUGAGCAUAUGUUGAUUUUCCUUUUUCUCCCUCUUUUCUUUUCCUUUCAUUUCUGGGAUUUUUUUUCAUUCCUCUUAAUUUCUUUGUAUUAAUGAAGAUCUAGGUGUCCAUAGUUCACCUGUGCAAUCUUGGAUAUAACUCCUAUUAUAACCACCACAACAGUUAAGCACAAGGAUUGAAGGAAUGGCGGACAAGUAAAGUGAUGAUAAGCCUCGCUGGUGGUGGAAAGGGGGGAGAGAGAGAGAGUGUGUGGAGAAAGAAUGUCGGCUAAGCAAUGUGAAGCUUGGCUCUUGAGAAAGACGCCGUCCGGAUCCAGAUUAAACAGAAUUUAUCACUUCUGGGGCUCCUUUUGGCAAGUCGAAAAGCUUUGAGAACUCAUAUUGGAAGGUUGUUGACGGAGCUAGCACAACCCCAAAACAAUGGCACCGAUCGCUGUGCGACUGCAGAUACAAGAUCGAUAUGUGGUGAUGGACAACGGCCUCCUGCAAGUAACUCUGUCAAAACCAGAGGGAAUUGUCACCGGAAUACAAUUCAACGGCAUCGACAAUUUACUAGAGGUUGUCGAUGGAAAAGAUAAUUAUGGAGGGUACUGGGAUGUUGUUUGGAAUGGAGCAAAAGCCAGCGGAAUAUUUGAUGUGAUAAAGGGAACAAGUUUUAAGGUAAUAAAGGAAGAUGAAGACCAGGUGGAGCUUUCCUUCACAAGAACAUGGGAUCCAUCCCUUGAGGACAAAGUCAUCCCUCUGAAUAUAGAUAAAAGGUUUAUAAUGCUGCGUGGGUGCUCCGGCUUCUACUCCUAUGCCAUUUAUGAGCACUUGAAUGAAUGGCCUGAAUUCAGCCUUGGUGAAACCAGGAUUGCCUUCAAGCUUAAGAAAGACAAGUUCCAUUACAUGGCUAUUGCAGACAAUAGGCAAAGGCCCAUGCCUCUGCCGGAUGACCGGACAAAAGGACGUUGCCAAUCCCUUGCCUACGCUGAAGCAGUUCUCUUAACAAAUCCAAUAGAACCAGAAUUCAAAGGAGAGGUGGAUGACAAGUACCAGUAUUCAUGCGAGAACAAGGAUAACAAGGUCCAUGGGUGGAUAUGCAUGGACCCUCCAGUGGGCUUCUGGCAGAUCACACCCAGCGAUGAGUUCAGAACUUGUGGGCCAUUAAAGCAAAACCUCACCUCUCAUGUGGGCCCUACGACCCUUGCCAUGUUUCAUAGUACUCAUUACGCCGGACCGGAUCUUGGGCCAAAAUUCCAGCAGGGAGAAGCAUGGAAGAAGGUUUUUGGGCCUGUUUUCAUUUAUCUUAAUUCGGCCUUCAUUGGGGAGGAUCCACUGUCGCUCUGGAAUGAUGCAAAAACGCAGAUGCUGACCGAAGCCCAAAGCUGGCCAUACAGUUUCCCGGCUUCAGAGGAUUUCCCUUUUUCAGAUCAACGAGGCACUGUUAGCGGUAGACUACUCGUCCAUGAUAGCUACGUCGAUGAAGAGUGGGUACCUGCAAACUCUGCUUAUGUUGGUUUGGCUUUGCCUGGUGAAGUUGGGUCCUGGCAAAGAGAAUGCAAGGGUUACCAGUUCUGGACUAGAGCUGACGAGAACGGGUUUUUCUCUAUCAGCAACAUACGCGCUGGAGACUACAAUCUCUAUGCAUGGGUUCCUGGAUUUAUUGGGGAUUACAAAUACGAAGUUGUCCUUACCAUCACUGGAGGAUGUACGGUCGACCUGGGUGAAAUCGUAUACGAACCUCCUAGAGAUGGGCCAACCUUGUGGGAGAUAGGCAUUCCUGAUAGAUCUGCAGCAGAGUUCUACGUUCCUGAUCCUAACCCCAACUACGUAAACAAGCUUUACGUCAAUCAUCCAGACAGGUUUAGGCAGUAUGGACUGUGGGAUCGAUAUACAGAAUUAUAUCCCGACGGAGAUCUGGUCUUCACGAUUGGAGCAAGCGACUACAUGAAGGAUUGGUUCUUUGCUCAAGUUAACAGGAAGAAAGAUAACGGAUAUCAGGCAACAACAUGGCAAAUUAAAUUCAAACUCGAUAGCGUGAACCGAACCGGAAAGUAUAAGUUGCGAUUGGCACUUGCAUCAGCCACGCUUUCUGAGUUACAGGUUCGAUUCAAUGAUCCCAAAGCGAACCGACCUCACUUUACAACAGGGCUAAUAGGGAGAGACAACUCAAUUGCAAGACAUGGCAUUCACGGAUUGUAUUGGCUGUACAAUGUUGAUGUACCAGGCACUCGACUUGUGGAAGGAGACAAUACCAUUUUCUUAACUCAACCAAGAAGCUCCAGCCCAUUCCAAGGGAUAAUGUAUGACUAUAUUCGUUUAGAAGGGCCCUCAACAACUGAUCCAAACAAGAACAAAUAAGGUUACUAAUUAUCUCCAUAAGAAUUAUUUACAUUGCUGGGGAAAGCCCACCAACAGUUUCCCUUCUUUUGGUUUCUUUGAGGAGAGUAGGUCAAAGCUUGUAUUUGAAAACAAGCGAGAUCCUGUGAUCUGAAAAUAAUGAAUUAAAAGUGGAAACUUGUGUAGUUACAUGCUUUA